AUGGCCGCCAUCUUCAAACCGACGACGGCCGCUCGUCAGGCCAUCCGAGCUGCCAGCCAGGCCUCGAUCGCCCGCCCAUCCAUUCGAGCUGCUCGCCCAGCGUUGUCCAUCACCACAACUCGAUCCCUCUCCACCACACCCGCUCGCUUCCAGAAUGACGAUGAGUCCAAAAAACGGGCCACCACAGAUGCUCCCCAGGGAGCUUCGGGCGCCCACGAAGGAGCGUUUGCUCGUACCGACGACCGCCUUGUGAUCGAGCACCCGGCCGACGAGGAAAUGCCUCGCUCGCCCGUUGUUCAGGGCCGCGGCGGCAUGCACUUCAAGCGCACGCUGGCGUCGUUUUCGCUGGAAAACAAGGUUAGCGUGGUGACUGGCGGUGCCCGGGGCCUGGGCCUGGUCAUGGGGCAGGCGCUAGUGGCUUCCGGCUCGGAUUUGGCCAUUGUCGACCUGAAUAAGGACGAGGCCGAGGACCAGGCUAAGAAGCUCGUAGCCCAGUUCCAGAAGGAAAACCCUGGCUUGGAGGAGCUCCCCAGAGUCACUGCUCACUACGCCGACGUCUCCGACCCGGAGUCGGUCAACCAGGUGCUCGCACAAAUCGUCGAACAACAUGGCAAGAUUGACAACCUGGUCACAUCUGCCGGCUUCACCGAGAACUUCGACGCCAUCUCAUACCCCUACGACCGCAUCAAGAAGCUCUGGGGAGUGAACGUGGACGGCACAUACCUGUUCGCCACGGGCGUUGCCAAACACCUGAUGGAGCGCAAGGCGCCCGGAAGCAUCGUCAUGAUCGGUAGCAUGUCCGGAGCCAUUGUCAACGUUCCUCAACCCCAGGCGCCGUACAACGCCGCCAAGGCCGCGGUGCGACACUUGGCCGCCUCGCUCGCCGUCGAGUGGGCUGGCUCCAACAUCCGUGUCAAUUGCAUCAGCCCCGGUUACAUGCUGACGGCCUUGACCAAGAAGAUUCUCGACGAGAACCCAGAGCUGAACAGGCAGUGGACGUCUUUGAUCCCGCAGGGCAAAAUGGGCACGCCCGAGGACCUGAUGGGCGCGGUUACCUUUUUGCUGAGCGAUGCUUCUCGCUACGUGACGGGCGCCGACCUCCGCGUUGACGGCGGAUACACUGUCACCUAA